AACACAAGCUUUAAAGUAAGUGAAUCAUGUGUGGCUCAUUUAAUUUUAAAGGAGGACUCUGAGCUGAGCUUAGAACAAUUUUUUCCUCUGAGUGCCAUUUCCCAAAGGUACUCACAGAACAAUAAGGUGUGACCAUAAUGGCUGCACUGAGUUGUCUUUUGGACAGUGUUAGGAGGGACAUAAAGAAGGUGGACAGAGAAUUAAGGCAAUUGAGAUGUAUCGACGAACUCAGCUCCCGCUGCCUGUGUGACUUAUACAUGCAUCCGUACUGCUGCUGUGACCUGCACCCCUACCCCUACUGCCUCUGCUACUCCAAGCGGUCCCGCUCCUGUGGCCUGUGCGACCUCUACUACCCCUGCUGCCUGUGUGACUACAAGCUCUACUGCCUUCGCCCGUCACUCCGCAGCUUAGAGAGGAAAGCUACCCGCGCCCUUGAGGAUGAGAAAAGAGCGUUGGCCAAACUCAGAAGGACGACCAACAGAAUUCUGGCCUCCUCUUGCUGCAGCAGCAACAUUUUAGGGUCAGUGAACGUGUGCGGCUUUGAGCCUGAUCAAGUCAAGGUGCGAGUGAAGGAUGGCAAAGUCUGUGUGUCAGCCGAGAGGGAGAACAGGUAUGAUUGCCUCGGAUCCAAAAAGUACAGUUACAUGAACAUCUGCAAGGAGUUCAGCUUGCCGCCAUGCGUGGAUGAGAAAGACGUGACCUACUCCUACGGGCUCGGCAGCUGCGUCAAGAUCGAGUCCCCAUGCUACCCUUGCACAUCUCCCUGCAAUCCCUGCAAUCCCUGCGGCCCCUGCGGCCCCUGCGGGCCCUGCGGCCCCUGCGGCCCCUGCGGGCCCUGUGGCCCCUGUGACCCCUGUAACCCCUGCUACCCCUGUGGAAGCCGAUUCUCCUGUAGGAAGAUGAUCUUGUAAGGCGUGUGUAGGAACCUAUGUCUUAGCAGAAGUCAGUUCUCCAGCCAGGCAGCUCUUAGGCACCUCUCUUCCCCUUCCCAUAGCCCGUGUGGUUCAAGUAGGUAGGAAACUGAAUACACAACUGCAAUCUGA